CCGUGGCGGAGGGUGUCGCGGGGGCCGUAGGCGCGCGAGGUGUGGGACCCCAGGGGCCGGCCGGGGGCGGGGGUGGCGGGGCGGGAGGCUUCGGCGCUCGCGGGGAGCGGCUUGUGCGGUGGCCGAUGGAGGCGGCGAUGAUGGGGAUGGAGAACCUAAUAAGGGGAAGGAAUCCCCCACAAUACCAGAGAAGUCCCUGUAAAGAGGUUCGUGCAGCACUGCGGAAGAGGCCUGAAGAGGAGUUGCAGUGCCUGGAGAUGACCACCAAACAGAAAAUCAUCGGCCGUCUGGUGCCAUGCCGAUGUUUCCGAGGUGAAGAAGAAAUCAUCUCCGUUUUAGAUUACUCCCACUGCAGUCUUCAGCAGGUGCCAAAGGAGGUCUUUAACUUCGAACGAACAUUAGAGGAGCUUUAUCUAGAUGCCAAUCAAAUUGAAGAACUACCCAAGCAAUUGUUCAACUGUCAAGCUCUACGAAAACUAAGUAUUCCUGAUAAUGACCUUUCAAAUCUGCCAACCACUAUUGCUAGUUUAGUUAAUCUUAAAGAACUCGACAUCAGUAAAAAUGGUGUACAAGAAUUUCCAGAAAACAUAAAGUGCUGUAAGUGUUUAACAAUUAUUGAAGCCAGUGUCAAUCCCAUUUCUAAACUCCCUGACGGCUUCACACAGCUCCUAAACCUGACCCAGCUCUACCUGAAUGACGCCUUUCUUGAAUUUCUUCCAGCCAAUUUUGGAAGACUUGUCAAAUUGCGGAUCUUGGAGUUAAGAGAAAAUCACUUGAAAACUCUACCAAAGUCAAUGCACAAACUGGCCCAGUUGGAAAGACUUGACCUAGGCAAUAAUGAAUUCGGUGAGCUGCCUGAAGUUCUGGAUCAAAUACAAAAUUUGAGGGAGUUAUGGAUGGAUAAUAAUGCAUUACAAGUGUUACCUGGGUCUAUAGGGAAGUUAAAGAUGUUGGUAUACCUGGAUAUGUCAAAAAACAGAAUAGAAACAGUUGACAUGGACAUUUCUGGAUGUGAAGCCCUUGAGGACCUCUUAUUGUCAUCCAAUAUGUUGCAACAAUUGCCUGAUUCUAUAGGACUUUUGAAAAAACUAACAACUCUAAAAGUAGAUGACAAUCAACUUACAAUGCUACCCAAUACAAUUGGAAAUUUAUCUUUAUUAGAAGAAUUUGACUGUAGCUGUAAUGAACUGGAGUCACUACCUUCUACUAUUGGCUACCUUCAUAGUCUUCGGACAUUAGCCGUUGAUGAGAAUUUCCUUCCAGAAUUACCCAGAGAAAUUGGAAGUUGUAAGAAUGUAACAGUCAUGUCUCUACGCUCCAACAAAUUAGAAUUUCUUCCUGAAGAGAUUGGACAGAUGCAGAAACUAAGAGUCCUAAAUUUGAGUGACAACAGAUUGAAGAAUUUACCAUUCUCAUUUACCAAACUUAAAGAGCUUGCAGCUUUGUGGCUUUCUGACAAUCAGUCCAAAGCCCUUAUCCCUUUACAAACAGAAGCCCAUCCAGAAACAAAGCAAAGAGUAUUGACUAACUACAUGUUUCCCCAGCAGCCUCGUGGUGAUGAAGAUUUCCAGUCAGACAGUGACAGUUUUAACCCUACACUGUGGGAAGAGCAGAGACAACAACGCAUGACUGUUGCCUUUGAAUUUGAAGACAAAAAAGAAGAUGAUGAAAAUGCCGGGAAAGUUAAGGAUCUGUCCUGCCAAGCCCCCUGGGAAAGGGGCCAGCGUGGGAUUACUCUCCAACCUGCCAGACUGUCUGGCGAUUGCUGCACACCAUGGGCCAGGUGUGAUCAGCAGAUCCAAGAUAUGCCCGUCCCCCAGAAUGACCCACAGCUGGCAUGGGGUUGUAUAAGUGGCCUCCAGCAGGAAAGGAGCAUGUGUACUCCAUUGCCAGUUGCAGCACAAUCCACCACUCUUCCCUCUCUAAGUGGCAGACAGGUUGAAAUAAACCUAAAACGAUAUCCAACUCCUUACCCAGAGGAUUUAAAGAAUAUGGUAAAAUCUGUUCAAAAUUUGGUGGGUAAGCCAAGCCAUGGAGUGCGUGUUGAGAAUUCAAAUCCAACUGCUAACACGGAGCAAACUGUGAAAGAAAAAUAUGAACACAAGUGGCCGGUAGCCCCAAAGGAGAUUACAGUGGAGGAUUCUUUUGUUCAUCCAGCUAAUGAAAUGAGGAUUGGGGAACUUCACCCUUCAUUAGCUGAGACCCCUCUGUACCCACCCAAACUUGUUCUGCUAGGGAAGGACAAAAAAGAAUCAACUGAUGAGUCUGAAGUUGACAAAACUCACUGUCUGAAUAACAGUGUUUCCUCAGGCACUUACUCAGACUACUCGCCUUCCCAGGCUUCCUCAGGAUCCUCUAAUACGCGGGUUAAAGUGGGGUCCUUGCAGACAACAGCUAAAGAUGCAGUACAUAAUUCUCUGUGGGGUAACAGGAUUGCACCAUCUUUCCCACAGCCUCUUGAUGCAAAGCCAUUACUCAGCCAGCGGGAGGCUGUUCCCCCAGGCAAUAUACCACAGCGUCCUGACCGGCUGCCCAUGAGUGAUACUUUCACUGACAACUGGACUGAUGGCUCGCAUUAUGACAACACAGGGUUUGUUGCUGAGGAAACCACAGCUGAGAAUGCCAACAGUAAUCCUCUCUUAAGUUCGAAAUCUAGAAGCACAUCUUCGCAUGGACGCAGGCCUUUGAUCAGGCAAGACAGGAUUGUUGGUGUUCCCCUGGAACUCGAGCAGUCUACACACAGACACACACCAGAAACAGAAGUGCCUCCUUCCAAUCCUUGGCAGAAUUGGACCAGAACCCCUAGUCCGUUUGAAGACAGGACCGCUUUUCCUUCCAAAUUAGAGACAACCCCCACUACCAGCCCGUUGCCUGAAAGGAAAGAACAUAUAAAGGAAUCUACUGAAAUACCUAGUCCUUUUUCUCCAGGCGUACCGUGGGAGUACCAUGAUUCCAAUCCCAACACGAGUCUUAGUAACGUCUUUUCUCAAAUCCACUGCCGCCCGGAAUCUUCUAAAGGUGUUAUUUCAAUUAGCAAAAGCACAGAGAGGCUUUCCCCCCUAAUGAAAGAUAUCAAGUCUAAUAAAUUCAAAAAGUCACAGAGUAUCGAUGAGAUUGACAUUGGUACAUAUAAGGUGUAUAACAUACCAUUAGAAAACUAUGCUUCUGGGAGUGAUCACUUAGGAAGCCAUGAACGACCAGAUAAGAUGCUGGGGCCAGAGCAUGGUAUGUCCAGUAUGUCUCGAAGCCAGUCAGUCCCGAUGCUGGAUGACGAGAUGCUCACCUACGGAAGUAGUAAAGGGCCACAACAGCAAAAAGCUUCUAUGACAAAAAAAGUCUACCAGUUUGACCAAAGCUUCAAUCCUCAAGGAUCAGUGGAAGUGAAAGCCGAAAAGAGGAUACCACCCCCUUUUCAACACAAUCCCGAGUACGUGCAACAGGCCAGCAAAAACAUCGCCAAGGAUUUGAUCAGUCCCAGAGCUUACCGAGGAUACCCACCCGUGGAGCAAAUGUUUUCGUUUUCUCAGCCAUCUGUGAGUGACGAUGCUGUGGUGAAUGCCCAGUUCGCAAGCCAAGGGGCCAGGGCAGGCUUCCUGAGAAGGGCCGACUCCCUGGUGAGCGCCACAGAAAUGGCCAUGUUCAGAAGGGUCAAUGAGCCUCACGAGCUGCCCCCAACUGAUAGGUACGGCAGACCCCCGUAUAGGGGAGGGCUGGAUCGCCAAAGCAGCGUUACAGUGACUGAGUCCCAGUUCCUGAAAAGGAAUGGCAGGUAUGAAGACGAACACCCUUCAUAUCAAGAAGUGAAAGCUCAGGCGGGCAGUUUUCCGGUUAAAAACCUUACCCAAAGGAGGCCAUUGUCUGCAAGAAGCUACAGUACAGAGAGUUACGGUGCCUCCCAAACCAGGCCAGUUUCAGCUAGGCCUACUAUGGCAGCUCUUUUGGAAAAAAUACCAUCUGACUAUAACUUGGGUAACUAUGGUGACAAGCCAUCAGAUAACAGUGAUUUAAAGACGAGGCCUACUCCUGUGAAGGGAGAGGAGAGCUGUGGUAAAAUGCCUGCAGACUGGAGACAACAGCUGCUUAGACAUAUAGAAGCUAGACGGUUAGACAGGAAUGCUGCUUACAAACACAAUACAGUUAACCUUGGCAUGCUGCCCUAUGGAGGUAUUUCAGCAAUGCAUGCAGGCAGAAGCAUGACUUUAAACUUGCAGACUAAGUCUAAAUUUGAUCAUCAAGAACUACCUCUUCAGAAAACCCCGUCCCAGCAAAGCAACAUUUUAGACAAUGGACAAGAAGAUGUAUCUCCUAGUGGCCAAUGGAAUCCUUAUCCACUUGGGAGGCGGGAUGUACCUCCGGACACCAUUACUAAAAAGGCAGGCAGCCACAUCCAGACGUUGAUGGGGUCCCAAAGCCUUCAGCAUCGCAGCCGGGAGCAGCAGCCAUAUGAAGGAAAUAUAAACAAAGUGACCAUCCAGCAAUUUCAGUCACCAUUGCCUAUUCAGAUCCCCUCUUCACAGGCCACCCGGGGACCUCAGCCUGGACGGUGCUUAAUUCAAACUAAAGGGCAGAGGAGUAUGGAUGGAUAUCCAGAGCAGUUUUGUGUGAGAAUAGAAAAGAACCCUGGCCUUGGAUUUAGUAUCAGUGGUGGAAUCAGUGGACAAGGAAAUCCAUUCAAACCUUCUGACAAGGGUAUCUUUGUUACUAGGGUUCAGCCUGAUGGGCCAGCAUCAAACCUACUGCAGCCUGGUGAUAAGAUCCUUCAGGCAAAUGGACACAGUUUUGUACAUAUGGAACAUGAAAAAGCUGUAUUACUACUGAAGAGUUUCCAGAACACAGUAGACCUAGUUAUUCAACCAAUACAACCACCUUCUGUUAAGAAAGCAUCUUGCCUUGGCUCAGAAUAUUUCCCAUCACCCACCAACACCAUACCCAAAGAACACAUUAUAGCAAGAAAACAGAAUGUGGGCUGUGGACAAAUAGAUGUGCGCUGUGUAUGGAAAGCACGCGGGUCACUCUUACAGGAGAUCCUGAGUGUCAGCUCCAUUUCGAUCUAAACUAUUCAAGAGAUCUAUUUUCCAAGAUGCACCACUUGUACAAACUAAGGUAGAUGCAAUCAAGUUUUCCAGUCAUAUCCUGAACCUUCUGAGGGCAUUUCUGUUUCCAGCGUGUAAAACUGACCUGUCUUUAUUGCUGCAGUUGCUGCUAUAGAUCCAUCCCUCCAACUCCCCACGUUUUUCCAAAGGCAGUGGAUGUCUGCUUCUAUCCUGCCGAAACAAAGAUAAGAGGCCCUCUUAGAGUGUUAGCUGUUUGGAGAGCAGAGUAUCAACAGAUGGUUACAGCUCCCAAUUUGGGAGGAACUUUCUUGGGUGAUGAAGGAACCCGGAGUAGUAGCAUUAACCAAGGCCCAAAGAUGGAGUGCUUAUAAUGUUACGGACAACAACAAACAAAGCUUGUGUGCAAUGGUGGGGGUGGCAAUGCCUUUAUAAAACUGUUUCCGCUUCUGUUUUUAAAAUGUUGGGUUUUGCUGGAUUGAGGAACUUUCUCUAAGCCUCUUGGCUUCUUACUGAGACAGGUUCCAAUCUUCCUUACUUUCAACACUGCCUGCAAGAGAAUGGUUUGGCAACACUCCCUGAUAAGGAUGUAAAUUGCGCAGCUUCUACUUUGGAGAAUUCAGAGAUUUUUGAAAAACCGAGGGUGCAAGUCUACUCUAAGUUUUUAUUGAAAAAACGUACAGUUAAAGUACAGGAAUACUGAGUCCCUUAGGAUUUUAACCGUGUGAUUGUGUCAACCUUCCCUAAGAACAGUUCUAUAGGAAGUAAGGAGAAAAGACCUGAGGGAGGAGAAAAUUUACUGGUCAACGUCAGAGGCAUUUCUUCAGCUCGCAGAGUCUUCCCAGGUGGGUUCUGAGCUCAUGCUCUUUGUAACGACACACUGAACACUAAGCAAUGUAAGAAACGGGCCUGGAUUAAGGCAUGCAGAACUGAGAAGGACACCUCUGCAGCUCUGUCAGUACUUCCACAAAUUGCCUGCAAAACACCCCUUUUGUGCCCAAUUUUGUUAUGGCAGCACCUCAAAGGGUGGAAGGUUGUGAAAUUCACGCAGCAUUUAUGUAAAAAUUCCAUGACUCUUACUAGUCUAGGUUGGAACCACUAUGUACUCCUACCCAAAGACAAGGUCUGGGCCAAAUUUCCACAGGUGAGAUUUUGAAACCUAGCAUAAUUUUCUCUUGUUUUUUGAAAAAAAGACUUUUAUGUGACCUUUUCUUUUCUUUCUUUUUUUUUUUUUAGACGGGGUCUUGCUCUGACACCCAGGCUGGAGUGCAGUGGCACUAUCUUGGCUCACUGUAACUUCCACCUCCCGAGUUCAGGCAAUUCUCAUGCCUCAGCCUCCUGAGUAGCUGGGAUUACAGGUGCGUGCCACCACACUGGGCUAAUUUUUGUAUUUUCAGUAGGGACGGGGUUUUCACCAUGUUGGCCAGGCUGGUCUCGAACACCUGGCCUCAAAAGAUCCACCUGCCUCAACCUCCCAAAGUGCUGGGAUUAUAGGCGUGAGCCACUGUGCCCAGCAUUUUUUCAUUCUUUAAGCUAGCAUAGAUUUCACUGGGUGUAGAAAUUGGUGUUGAAAGAAAGUUAAAUGAAUCACCCAAUCUUUCUCGAGUUUUGAAAGUGUAUUUUUUUUAUCACUGUUGCACAAGUGUAUUGUUUGUGCUUAUUUUUUUCCUUCUUUAAAAUAACAGGUUGAAUAAGCAGCCUAACAAAUAGACAAGUAUCUUUACAUCCAGAGUAAAGUAUCUUAGUACAGGGACCUUUAUUUUCAUAGCAAACUCUUGUAUUUCCUCCACAGGAAAACAUUUACUGUAGCUGAAUCUCUGAGGCCUAAAGUAUAUUAUUCAUAAACUCAAAACAUUUGGAGACAUUUCAUUGAAGAAUAUAACAAAAACAUUAAAUAUUAUGAUUAUAAUUAUUAAAAUAAAUAUUUGUUGGGCAUCAACUACAUAUCAGGUACUACAAGGGAUGUAAUGUGGUCCCCUCAGCACAGAAUCUCACAGUCAAGAGGAGAGAUGAGAGAAGUUCCACAUCAAAGACAGUACAAGGCAAUGUGGUGAGUCCCUUUGUUCCUGCCCUCAACCGUCCUAUUGCAAAAGGAAGUCGAGUCUUUAUCUAGUCAAAUCUGUUAUGGUCUGAGCAUGGUUUGUUCCAUUUGGAGCUACAGGUAGGUCUUCUGCUGGCUCUUGUGACCUUCAUACAGCUCACAUGAAGAGUGUCACGAAGCCAGGCACGGUGACUUAUGCCUGUAAUCCCAGCACUUAGGGAGGCCGAGGCAGGUGGAUCACUUGAGGUCAGGAAUUGGAGACCAGCCUGACCAACAUGGUGAAACCUCAUCUCUACUAAAAAUAUGAAAAAUUAGCCGGGCAUGGUGGCGCACGCCUGUAAUCCUAGUUACUGGGGAGGCUGAGGCAGGAGAAUUGCUCGAACCCAGCAGACGGAAGUUGCAGUGAGCUGAGGUCGCGCCACUGCUCUCCAGCCUGGGUGACAGAGUGAGACUCCACCUCAAAAAAAAAAAAAAAAACAAUGUCACGAAAAGUGUGAGCUGGAUGAAUAUUUGCCAGGAUUUAGGGCAACAUUUGAUAGGCUAAACAUGGCAAGUGUGAAUGUCUUACUAGGCAGGAUAAAUAGCAACCAGAAUCUCUUGAAUCUCUGGAAGGGGAGCGAGAAUUUUGCCAAUUUGUUUGUUCUAGAGAGGAAAGGAAAUGAAGAAUGGUGCCCCUCAACUUGGUCCAGCACUAUGUCUGGAUGCCCCUGACAUGGAAGAAGGAGAUGGAAUUCAACACUUUAGAAAGUGUGGGGGGUUUGCUUGAAAAGAGUCUUCUAGGUUCAGCGGCCCCAAAAAGUCCCUCCUAUGACCACUGUCAGGGAGCAUGGGAAUCCAUGCUGUCCAAAAUUAGAAUGACCCACUCUGAAAUGCAAGGAGUUGAACGAUCAUUCAGCUGGCUGCAUUUCAUGUUUAUUGACUUCACUUUUGGGGCGGAGAACAUUUUCACUACACACUGCUCAAGUGAUCUGAAAAUACUGUUUGCAUGAGAUUGGAUCACACAUACCGUAUAUCAUCAACAUCUGUUCUUUUAAGGAAUUCUGAUCCUCUAAAUCUGGAAAUUGUUUUCUUUUCUUCACCCUGUGCAUACACAGUGUUUUAGACACAUAUAAAUCCUUACUUUCCAAGUAUUCACUGUGUUUUAUAUUUCAGCUUUUGCCCACACUGUCCCUCUACUGGAAUGCCUUCCUCUCCCUAUUCCCUUUCUAAAUUAUUAAAAUCAUAUUCAGCCUUCAGCGCCCAGCUCAAAUAGCACUAGAACCAUGAAACCCUCCCUAAUCUCCAUGGGAAAAAAUUUCUGUACUCAGCACUAGCAUACGAAUUUUUUCUUAUAUUUUUUAGUGUCUUUCCCAUUCUGCCUGAUAUCAUGGCUAUUUGAUGUCUGUUUUUCCUGUGAACUCUCAGCUUUUUGAGAGAGGGGAUCAGACAAUACUUAACAAAGACCUUCUAGACAGAAGAGCCCCAGGAGAGGUAAAGUCACCUGCAGUUUCGUUUACCAUAUAUCCUAAUGCCCGUCAUAGUGUCAGAAGCAUAGUGUAGGUUCUCAAUAAAUACAUGUGUAAUUAUUAAGUGGAUGGCAGGCCUGGCACAUACUGCACUUUCUAAAUAUUGAACUAAACAGCGAGUUGAUGUUCAAUUUGUGUGACCUUAAACUACCAAACUUUCAUCUUCUCAGUUGACUCACAAUUCCCAGUUAAAAAAAUUUCUCCUUUCUAAAUCAGCCUUCCUCCUCUCUUCAGCAUUUUUUUAAGACAUUUUUGGUCUUUUCUGCUGUGUUUCAGCAGUUACAUUUAAUUUUCCUUUUAUGUGUUCUAAGGACCUUAACACUAUCCAAAAAGUAACACCAUUCAAAAAGUUUAAGAAGUGGCUUUUAUUGAAUUGGAGCGCAUCAUAUCUAUCCUUUUGAUUUGCUUGGGUUUCAUUUCUCUUUGAGAAGAAGUCGUGCACAUUGUCACUUGGUAGAUUACGUUACCUGAGCAAUUUUUACAAUUUGGAGGUGGAGGGAAGAAUAAAAGAUGUCAUGAGAGAGACAAGGCUACGGAAGUGUAGUUGAGAGAAAGGGGUCUCCACCCCCCUAUUUAGCUCUAAAUUUUAAUUAAACUGCUGCCAAAUGCUGCCCGUCCUGUAAGUAGGUAAAAGAAUAGUCUGUCCACAGACUAUUCUACCUCUGCUUUUUAAUUUCUUUGUAUAAAGAGAACUUGAUAACUAUCAAGUUAAUUAUGUCUUCUUUUCAUAAAAUUUUUGAUUUAGAAAGAUUUAGAUAAAGUCAUAGUAUACCUUGAAGGAAACAGCUACCAUUGCUGUCUUUGAUAGCAUGAUGCCUCAACCUCCCCAGGGGCCUACUCUUUGGUAUCUUAUAGCCCAGUGUCUUUACAUUCACGUGGGUAAAAGAAUGCCAAUGUCUCUUUGAACAAAAAUGAAUGAAAAAUGAACGGAAAAGUGAAAUAUUAAUUGAGAGAGUGACAUUAUCUUAGGAUGGUAAGAAUAUUUUAGCAUAGUAAGUACUUAUGAAAUAUUUUUAAGUAAGAGCAUUUUGGAAUAAUGAGAAUAAUGAGUGAGUAGGAACAAGAACAGACUAGGGCUGGGAAAGAGGGGAAUUAAUAAGUUAUUAAGGAAGAAAGAAUGAGAAAGACAAAAGAAGGGCGAUAGAGGACCGAUACAGAGAAUCAGAGAGGAACUGGAUGAAAGAAAUCAGAUUCAGGCAUAUCCUCCAGUCCUGGUUCUGGUGACCAUGGCCCUUCUUCAGACAGCCCUGAAUUCCCUUCCUCUCUCUCUGCUCUUUCUUGGCCAGAGGAGUAAUUGUUCAGCUCUUCUUGAUUUCUGGCUUCCCUCUUGCUCUUCCAGGUGUCAAAAGAAGAAUUUACAGUGAAAAAUAAGGUGCAUAUUAGAAAUAUAUUUAGUUUAAUUGCCAUUCAUUUCUAGAAACUAUUUUUUUCUAAUGUCAUAGGUAAUGCUUUAGUCAUACAGCUUCUCAGAACAAGGAAAAAAGUUAUCUCAUUUUUAAAAAUUACCAGAGUACUUUUCUUUUCUUUUCUUUUCUUUUUUGAGACGGAGUCUCACUCUGUCAUCAGGCUGGAGGCUGGAGUGCAGUGGCACGAUCUCAGCUCACUGCAACCUCCACCCUCCGAGUUCAAGCGAUUCUCCUGCCUCAGCCUCCCGAGUAGCUGGGAUUAAAGGUGCCUACCACUGCACCCGGCUAAUUUUUUGUAUUUUUAGUAGAGAUGGGGUUUCACCUUCUUGGCCAGGCUGGUGUUGAACUCCUGACCUCGUGAUCCACCCGCCUCGGACUCCCAAAGUACUGGGAUUACAGGCGUGAGCCACCGCGCCCGGCCGUACUUUUCUUAAAUAAAGACUACUGUCAGACAGUGUGGCUAUAGGUAAAAGGUCUGUGGAGAAAGGAGCAAAAUUACUGUCCUAUCAUAAGACAGAAAGGGACCUGGAGAGGAUCUGGUUCAUCUGUCUAUCUUCAGGGCAGGAUUCGUGCUAUUCUUAAAUUACUGGAGAGAAGGGGUGAACGUUUCCCUGUGUAACCCACCCUUAUAAAGCAACAAAUUGUGUUUCAUCUCAAUAAAAUCCUCUCGUUUAAAUUACUGCGUUCACGUCUGACAAAUACCCUCCUCAUAUUGAGUCGUACACAUCCACAUACUCAUUUAAAGAAACAUGUGUCUGCAGUUCAGAAGAGCCACCACUAGAUGGAGGCCUCAUAUCUACAUUUUAAAUCCCAGCCUUGGCAAUUCUCUAGCUUGGGUGAGCGCAGGCUCUACGCAGUCCGAUUUUUUUUGUUGUCGUGGGUGUUUUUUGUUUGUAUUGAGACAGUGUCGCUCUGUCGCCCAGGCUGGAGUGCAGUGGCUCGAUCUCGGCUCACUGCAACCUCCACCUCCUGGGUUCAAACGAUUCUCCUGCCUCAGCCUCCCGAGUAGCUGGGACUACAGGCGUGCGCCACCACGCCCGGCUAAUUUUUGUGUUUUUAGUAAAGACAGGUUUUCUCCAUGUUGCCCAGGCUGGUCUUGAACUCCUGGGCUCUAUCGAUCCGACCGCCUCGGCCUCCCAAAGUGCUGGGAUGGCCUUACACAGUCCGUUUUUAUGUCCCUUGUGCUGAUACAAUUGCUAACGACACCCCUUUCCUUUCUCUUUUGAGAAAAUGUGAAACAAUGCUCUAAAUUUACACGAUUUAAGAAAAAAAAAAGAGCUUUGAGCUGAUUUUAAGCAGUUUAUGUGUUUCUUUACUAAACCUCUCAGGUUGUAUCAAUCACCCAAAACCUCAUGAGACAGAAACCACUUUCUCAGUAAGUCUUGAGUGUUUAAAGUUUUGAUGUUCCUUAAUCGUUCAGUUUAAUUAUUAUGCCCACCAGCUUAAGAGUUCUCCUCUAACUUCCUUCAGGUAUGCCCAUUCCAAGUAUGUGGGAAUAGAUUUGUCUCAAGUUACUCAAAAUUCAUUUUUAAAGUUAACUUUCCAAAACUUACACAUUAGGAACUGUGAUUAAGUUUGCCUAGCCUUCUUUAUGUAAUUCUAAAACUAGUCCAAUCUGAAUAUGUGUGUAUCUGGGUAUAGCUUUAUUUCCAUCUGGCAAUAACUAGGCAUCUACAAUAAACGCCUAAUUUUUCAUUUUAUUUAUGUGUAUGAGUAAUCAGCAUAAUAUGACAAUCAGAUUUUAUUUUAUUAUGAAGUGAAUAAGAAAUGUAUUUCAAAAUGUCUCUCACAAAGUGAUCAUUGGAUUCCCAAGGUAGUUUGCAAUCUCCCCAGCCUCUCUCCUUUCAGUGGGAAUAUCUGGGUGUUGAAGGCAGAGAACCCCUGGCAGCCUUGCUGACAUGUGUCCUCAAGCUAUUUUGGUUCUUCUUAGUCAUUUGAAAUUCCAGGGCCUCUGAUGGCUGGAUCAUUGCUAAAAAGGCCAAAUGUUUUUGUUUACUUCCUCUAAGCUAAUUAUAUCGUCAUCCUCACAGCUUAGCCAGCCUCCUGGUCUGAGCUUCUCCUUUGCUAAUUCCAUCAAAGCCCUACUUAUAUGGGUUUCAGGUGCUCCCCUGCCAAUCAUUGAAUCUUUUCUUCUUCCAACCCGGAGCAAAGGUAGAGGGAAGACAAGGUGUUCUUUCCCAAAGUUUAUGUGAAGCCAUUUAUAUCCUCUGGUGUUUUCCUCCAGAAAAACAAUUUCCUUCUAGCCACAUGAUCACCAGAUACUAAUACAGAAUACUCUUUCUUAGCAAAUUCAAUUUAACCUUCUUUGGGGGUUAAUAUUUCAUUAGUUCUUUCUGACCUCAAGCCUGCCAAUUUUAGUGCACCAUUUUGGGUUUGUUUACCAAGUGUUCUUCCUCUCUUUUCAGAGAAGUUAAAUAUCUUCUUAACAAAUUUAAAUUGUACACAACAGUGCCACCCAUUUUAAAGCAAAUACGGCAGGUGUCCACCAUUGUUUCGGAUAUAGCUUUUGAGUUUUUGAUUUGCCUGAUUUUCUAUUUCAUCUUUUUUAUUCUUUCUGUUUUCCAUAACCUUUUAAUGAUAGGUUUGGUUCUAAAAUCCAGAACUAUUUAAAUACUAGAAUGAAAAUUAGAUAGAAUUUUAUUGAAGAGUAUAAGAGAGAACGUCUUGAAAGUUUCUAUGUAUGUAUUCCAAUUGUGCUUUUUGUUUCUUUUUUCCUUUCUUUUCUUUUGCGCUACCUCAGAUUUUUGGUAUCCACUAUUAUCAAAGUAUUUUUUUCUUUGCCUUCUAUGGAUAAUCUUAAUUUUUUAUUCCUAGGAGCCACCUCUAGGUCAGUGCUUGCUAUCCAGCCACUAGCAUAGUUCCCCAGGAGGAGGCUAUGAUGAUCUCCUCAAAGCACGGGGGCUUGUGGCUUAUUCUUUUCACUUUUUUACCCAUCUCCGUGCCAUACCAUAGAACAAACAUCAUUUUUUUAGUUCUGUCAUGAUGUAAAGAGGUUGAGAAGCUCUGCUUUUAGGUACAACAAAUGGAAGUAUCAUCUAGGCCGGGCUGGGGUGCAGGACCCCCAGCAGCUGUGGGAAGAGAAGAGGGCAGGAGAAGCUGUCACUUAAAAUGCACUGAGAUCCUUUUGAAACAUUUCAUGCACCCCUCCCCAACCCCAACUCCAAAGGUGCUGGUUGUCCGACUGUGUCACUGCCCUGACAGAUAAGUGAAUAUCCGUCCUACUAAGACUUCGCUUUUAUGGACGAUCAUUUAGCUAGAAUCUGUAAAAGAGAAAGUUGUUAGUGAACAAGUCCCAUUCUCUGAAAGUGAUUUUUUCUCCAGGAUAUCAUCAUCCAAACUAUUCUUGCCCUGUAAUAUUUGUCUAUACUGUCUGUCUUGAUUGUUUUAAACCAGCCAUCUUUGAUAGCCAGUUUUGGGAUGUGAAUCUUCAGCCAUACUUGCAGAAUCGUCCAACUAAGCAACAGGUAUCUUGCACUUCAUAGGCUCUCACAGUCUCUUUAUGAUCAAGACAGAUAUUCUAGCAGGACAUCACUGUAUAUUCUUUAUCAAACCAUGAAUGUUGCUAGCAAACAGUUCAGGCAUUUGUUUGUGGCCAUUUCCCAGAGAAAUUCAAACUUGGGAAUUAAUAUCUCUCUGUGUGUGUGUCUGUGUGUGAGUGUGUGUGUGUGUAUAUAUGUCUAUAUAUCUUAUCAGGCACCUUUUUUUUUUUUUGCAUUUCCACAUAUUUCCCAAAAAAUGAUAGUUACUAUCUCUGUCACCUAGGGCCCUAGGUCAUCAUAAACUACUCAAAGUGAAGGGACUGUAUUUUCUUCUUUUGCUUGGUCUUGCCAUAAAUAUGCCCCGCAUGUUCACCUAUACUCCAAAAUAUAUACUUAUAUUUCGAGUAUUCAUCCAGACCUGCAGGUUUGAAUCGAGAGAUGUUUAAGUAAUUCUCUUGUAAGUCUGCCUCUGGACCAUUCUAAGGUUUAUCCUCUAGCCAGUCUAUAUGUUUAUUCUUUUUUAAAAAAUUAUUUAACUGUUAAAACAGUUUGUCUUUUUCUCACUGUGCAUUCAAUUUAAUCAACGAAUGUUAAUGAACAAAGGGUUAUGUUCAAAAUUCUAUUAUAAGAACAAUGGAAGAUAUAAAAAUAAAUAAGCCAUGGUCCUACCCCUCAAGAAACACAGUCUAGUGAGGAGACACACAAGAAGUCUAAUAAAUGCUAUUGUGUAGCUACAAAAUAUGAGGAGAGAACACAGUAUUGUCACUUUCUCUCACUGUUUAAUAAAAUGGCAAAUGCUUGCUUUCUGCUUUGUUGCUUUUUUAAUGCUUUUUUUUUUUUUUCUGAGGGUCUUGCUCUGUCACCCAGGUUGGAGUGCAGUGGCGUGAUCAUGGCCCACUGCAGCCUUGACCACCCGGGCUCAAGUGAUCCUCCCGCCUCAGCCUCCUGAGUGGCUGGGACUACAGGCAUGUACCACCACUCCUGGCUAAUUUUUUAUUUUUUGCAGAGACAGAGUCUUGCUGUGUUGCCCAGGCUGGUCUCGAACUCCUGAGCUCAAGUGAUCCUCCCACCUCGGCCUCCCAAAGUGCUGGGGUGAUAGGUAUGAGCCACCAUCCUCGGCUCUGUUGCUUUUAUAAUAUGACCUAAGGAACGUUUUUCUGUUAUCUCAGGAAGGAAAGUUCUUGUCCCUUGUGUAUAUAUAUAUAUAUAUCUUGUCAAAAAGGACAAGGCUCAGGUGACAGUGGGGACGUAAAUAACUGCAAUAUCAUCCUGAAUAAGUCAUAUCACGGAGAGAUAGUCACAGGUGAGCUAAUCUCUAGCUUUUCACUUUUCUUGACUCUGUCUUUCCAAGGAGUAGCCUUUCUGGGUCAAAGUCAGAGGGGGCUUGCAGGAAUCAAGGGCAGCUCCUCCUAUCUGGAGGAAGGAACUUCAUCUUAAGGCUUGAUAACAAAGGCUUACUGUUCCACUUAAAGGAAUCAGUUUGAGGGAAGAAGAGAAGUUAACCUUUAGUGCCCCUUGAAAGCUUUAAAAUAAUUCUUUUGUGUUUUAAACACCUAAGAAAAAUGUACAUACAUCUGGUGGACUUGUGUAUCUUUAACACUUAUCAUGUACCUACAUACAAGGAAAACAUGACACUCUUUACUGUUAGCAAACACUCCACCACUGGGCGUUGCUGUAUGUUUAAGUACCUAAUAGGACCCACUAGAGUUCAGUAAGAAAUGCAACUUGAACAGCCCCUAAGAUAAAAUUUUCUAGGAAGUAUAAAAACUAAAGAAUGCCUGGAACUAUGCAGACAUAGAUCAAGUCUCAUGCAUGUCAUUUAGACAGAUAGCCGAAAUGCUGACAUGGCCUGUCCAGCCAGAGCCUUCACUUAAGAGUUCUUCAAUGUUGACAAUUUCAGCUGCCCUAGCAGCCUCUCUGAGCACUAAGAAGUGUAGCCAUCUAAAUCCUUACAACUUACUUAUUCUAAGGGAAGAAUCUCUUUAGAGAUUACGUUACACCAGCAAGAGAAUAUUAAUAGUCCAUAUGGCUUUAUUUCCAACAAAAUCCCAGAGUUUUGCUUGCUCUUUGAGGUUAAAAUCAAAGAUUUUUCACUCAGGAUUAGCCUAGAUGUAGAACAGCGACUGUAUAAUAAAGUUGAAUUCAAAAAGUGUAUGAGUUCAGUUAUGGUCUGGAAAAUUAGCUGCCAUUUUGUGAUGAAGUGUUUGGUUUUUCCUUGUAGAAACAGUGUCAUUGAGCAUCAACUUAGAAAAUGUGAAUUUAUUAAAAAUAUGUGAUGGAUUGUGCAGCAUGCUUACAUUUGAAAAUGGAGAUUGUGCCUUUAAAUACUUAAUCAAAGGACUCCUGACCUUCAAGUACCAGUUUGGGCAUAUUACUGGAGAUCCAGGUUGAAAGGUAUUGAAAAAAAGCUCUGUAUCUUUGUAUAUUCAGUUGUCAACAUGGAGAAGCCACCUUUUAAAAAAGAUCAGUUCUGUAAGGCAUAAUGCCUACUACACAGAUGUCAUUAUUCUACUUAAAAGUCUUUUUUAAAAAUUCCAAAUACUUGUGGUACUAGAAAGCAAUAAAUAUUCUAAAAUGAG